AUGUCUUUGCCGCGCCGAGCUCUGAUCAGCAUAACUUCUGCUCAUGGCACCUUAUUCAAGGGGAAGGAGACCACCGGUCUCUUCAUUAGCGAAGCGCUGCAUCCUUACAGCGUCUUAACGGCAGCUGGUUUUGAGGUUGAUCUCGCUUCCGAGACUGGUACAUAUACCCCUGACUGGCUUUCGACACAGCCAGAUUUCCUCAACGGCGAAGACUUGGACAUUUGGAAUAACGCCAAGAGCGAAUUCCGCAUGAAGCUCGACAACAUGACAAAAGCCGCUGACCUCGAUGGUAACGCAUACGGGCUUUUCUACGCGUCUGCCGGUCAUGCCGCCCUCAUCGAUUAUCCCACGGCCUCUUCUCUUCAGCGAAUCGCAGCGCAAGUCUGGGCGAAUGGAGGGGUGGUCUCUUCUGUCUGCCACGGACCAGCACUUUUCGCCAAUCUGAUCGACCAUAGCACCAAUGAGCCCUUGAUCAAGAACAAGAGAAUCACCGGGUUUACUACGGAAGCCGAAUCCUCCAUGGGGAUCAUGGAUGAACUCAGAAGCUGGGGUGCUGAGAUGGUGGAGGAAACGGCAAUUCGACUCGGGGCGACAUGUGAGCUUUUCACUCUUUCCUCCAUCCAUGGCCCAGCCAUUGCUUGGUGGGUGAGUUCUUCGGAUCUAACAUUGAAAACAGAUGUGCGUGCCCCUGGUAUCUGGGACGACUUUCAUGUAGUUGAUGGUCGCCUAGUGACAGGCCAGAACCCAGCCAGUGCUACAUCCACUGCUCAAGCUGCCGUUGAGGCUUUCGACAGCGCUUUAAGCAUGGUAUUUUAA